CGGUGCUCGAGUACAAUCUCUUCUUUUGUUGAGGCCGCACUAGCAGAAGCGGAUUUUCUUUCCAAGCCCGGCACAGAGUAGAGCAGAACAGUAAGACGUGACUGAGCAUCAUGGAGACCGAGACCAAAUACUUACCCGAGCUGAUGGCUGAAAAGGACAGCCUUGACCCAUCGUUUACGCACGCCAUGAGCCUUCUGGGCAAGGAGAUUGAAAGAAUGAAGAAGGGAGGAGAUGCUAAGAAGGAGGAAGAAGACACUUAUCUGGACUUAUUUUCCCAUAAAAACAUGAAAUUAAAAGAGCGUAUUUUGAUCCCAGUCAAACUGUAUCCCAAGUUUAACUUUGUUGGAAAGAUCCUUGGACCACAGGGAAACACAAUCAAAAGGCUACAGGAGGAUACUGGAGCGAAAAUCUCUGUUCUUGGCAAGGGAUCAAUGCGAGAUAAGGCAAAGGAAGAGCAGCUGCGGAAAGGAGGGGACCCCAAAUACAGCCAUCUGAACAUGGACCUUCAUGUGUUCAUAGAGGUCUUUGGACCACCAUGUGAAUCUUAUACACGUAUGGCACAUGCAAUGGAAGAAGUUAAAAAGUUCUUGGUUCCGCUGACACCUGAGUCUUUUCCAUACCAGGACAUGAUGGAUGAUAUCUGCCAGGAUCAGUUUAUGGAUCUUUCUUAUCUUAAUGGAGCACCACCAGAGCAAACCCGAGGAGGAUCAAGAGGUGGACCAACCAGGGGCCGAGGGGGCCCUCCACCUCCUGUAGCUCCUUCUUCUAGAGGAAGGGCUGGGCCUCUUCGCCCUCUUGUUCCAAGAGGUGCCCCUGGUCGUGGAGCCAUAACACGUGGUGCCAGUGCAAGCCGUCCUGUACCUCCAUCUGCUUCUCGAGGUGCCCCUGCUGGAAGAGCCCGUGGUGCAGCUAUCCAAAGAAUCUCCCUUCCACCUCCUGCACCUGAAACAUAUGAUGAAUAUGGUUAUGAAGACUCUUACGCAGAGCCAAGCUAUGAAGGUUAUGAGGGAUAUUACAGUCAAAGCCAAGGAGAGACCGAAUAUUAUGAUUAUGGUCAUGGAGAGGGUCCCGAGUCAUAUGAGAAUUAUGGGCAAGAUAAUUGGAAUGGAUCACGACCACCACCACUGAAGGUUCCUUCCUCACGAGCUUUGAAGGGUGGAGCAUACCGAGAACAUCCCUAUGGGCGCUUCUGAACAUCCUACUCAUCCAAACCAUAUUUCCGAUGGCUUGUGUUCGGGACUUCCUGUUCCAAAACCCACAAUACACAAGUAAAUUCUCUGUGCUCUGUGAACCUCCCUUCUCCCAAAUUCCUUUGAAAGGACAAUUUUAAAACAUGGAGCAAAUCUGAAAUAGGCAGAUUUUUUUUUUUUUAAUAUUUAGAUCAUUUUACUUUGCGUUGUUAAAAAAAACAAACAAAAAACAAAAUGCAUUACAUGUAAAACCUAGCUGCGUUAAAAGGUAGUUUUUCAAAAUGACUUCAAAACAAGUCUCUUUAAAAAACAAACAAACCAAUAAAUGUUAGCUUUAGGUUCUUUGUCCUGAACUAAGCUGCAUCUCAAAAUCCCAUUACUUUCAGUAGUUAAAAAUUGUAGCUGUAAUAUUGUAUGCUGUUUAAAAACAAAACUUUUGACUUUGUACUUAAAAUCCACUUUAUGUUAUUAAACCUUAUGGACAAAACUUGGGUAAUGUUGUCUUAAUUCACUAAUGCACAAAUAGGGAGGUGAGAAAAACCUUAAAAACAAAGUAAAACAUUCAGCUGUAAAUACUGUAAAUUAAAUACAAGCUGUACCCAACUAAAGGGAUGCUAUCAUCACAAUUCCCCUGAAAUUACAAUUGGAACAGAGGGUUUCAAAUCGCACGUUAAAAUAACUUUUUAGAUCUGUUUUUAUAUCCCACUAUUAUGCACCGUUCUUUGUUCUAGAUCUGCAAACGAUAUAUAAAGUUUGAGAAACAAAAACUACUUGUCACAACAAGGAAUUGAAUAGUCUCAACUUAAACUGAAGCAUGAUUAGUAAUUCUUAAAUCUUUUUUUUAGCUCAGUCUGCUCAAUAUUACAUAUUUAUCUUUCGGCCACAAAUCAAGCCUUUUAGUUUGAUGAUAGUGUCCCUUUAAUCUUCUUUGUGGGUUAUGGGGUGCUAGUCUAUAAAAGGAAAACUGAAAAUACAAAGAUUUUUUUUGUGCAAGAAUGUGUAAAAGAUCUUUUUGCAAGUCAUUUGCACUUGAAAGUGCUGUUUUUCAAGAAAUUUUUACCAGUUUAAGAUUGUGUAAUUUAUAAGAUGUUCAAUUAGAAAGUGGGGAAAUGGUGUUCUUCAUUUGACACCUUUGUGUGGUCUGUUUGGCAUUGGUGUUCCUGUGUUAAAUAGUAAUGCAAGUCUUUAUCUGAGCAGAAGCUAGCAUUUCAUUCAGCAUCGGGUUUUCUUUGCACAUUUAAACAAUGCGAUACUUUAACUGGGGAUUGUGACAUUCUCAGUUUACGGACAUGUCUUAAUUUUAGGCAUUUAUGAUUUCUGGAGAAAAUUCUCCCCCAUUACAGUACAUGGUAUAAAAGUGGAAGUAUUGUGGCUUUGUUAAAUUGUCAUGGCAGUUAAAAAUAUAUAAACUGCAGUUUGUAAUUAAUAUUUGUGCAUAUAUAGGUUAGUAACCUAUUUAGGAAGAGUACAUAAAGCCUGCCUAAAAAGGUGAAUUCUUUUUUUUUUAAAUGUUUGCAAACAUUUGUCAGAAGAGUUUCUUUGCUUCUUAACUUAAUAAAGCAAAUGUGCUGUUCACUUCA